AUGGGGGAUAGGGAACUUCAACCGGAUGCUGUCAGCUGCAAUAUAUUAAUUAAUGGGUAUUGUAAGAAUCGUAAGUUGGAUGCAGCUGAGCAACUAUUCAAGAAAAUGAAGCAAAAUGGGUUGAAUCCCACAACAGUUACCUAUAAUACACUAGUAAGGGGGCUAUACAAGGAGGGAAGAAUGACGACUGCUCAGAAGUUUCUUAAUGAGAUGCAAUCUUUUGGUCAAUCUCCAGAUGAAGUUACUUGCAUUACAAUUUUUGAUGGUCUAUGCAAGAAUGGGAAAAUUGUGGAGGCAAUAGAAUUGUUUGAAUCCAUGGAGGGUACAUGUAUCUUAUCUAAUAUUAAUAUGUACAGUAUUCUUAUUCAUGGAUUUUGUCAGACUGGCAAAUUGGAAGAUGCAAGAAAACUGUUUAAUGAGAUUCCAAAAAAGGGAUUAGUUCCUAAUGUAGUAACGUUGUUUGCACUGUGUGGGCUUCCAACUCAAAACCAAUUAGUUAUGAGUGGAGUGGCUGCACACCUUAUAUAUUAA